AUGCUGGAAGCCCUCAAGCGACGCUACUCCGGGCGAUCCUACGCCAGCCAAUCGUCCAGCGAUGCCGCCCUCAAGUCCUUGGAAUUGCUGCGGGCCAACAUCCAGUAUCUGUUCGACAAGGAGAUGGACGUGGUGAUGAAAAAGUUUGGCUCGAUGUUCUUCCUGCCGGCUAUCAAAAACAUUAAAGAAAAUCUGGGAGAAGCGGCCGUUUCAGAGGAAAUGCUCAAGAACGUUUACUGUUCGUUGUUGGAAAACUCCAAGGCGCAGUACCUCGGUCAGAUUGCGUCCCCGGGGGAAAAUUCUUUGUCCAGAGCAAACACGCCGGGAAUGGAGCUAAGCGAUUCGGAUUCGAGUACGGACAAUACCGUUCCAGUUGUAGGAACCGGAACCAGCUUACUGCAACAAGCUUUGAAACGUAAACUGCCGGAACCCAACCUUCCGGAUGGCUUCAAGCGACAAUACUUUCUCCAAGGGUCCGUCUAUUCGCAGAAUCAAUUUUCGAUUCUUCAAUCCCUCGGAAAUGUCCAGGGAUCACUACCGUACCAAAUCCGACCAUCGAUUCUGAAUCCAACCAUCUACACUACUACAAUCAGCCCGGAAACUCUGUUCAUUCUCGACUUCAAAGCUGGCCGAGCGCUGGGAGUUGUCGAUUUCCGGGAACGCCUCGCCAACAAACAUCCAGAAAUCCUUCGCUACUGCCCAGAUAAUCAGGAUCGUGACUGGCUCCUUCAGCAAAAACAAAUCUCUCCGCUCAAUCGUAAUGGUCGAUUUUUCCUGCUAGUUCUGGAUGAAGUGAAAAAACUCGCCGACCGAAACGCAGAUUACUCUAAUAAUCCUUUCAUAAAGCUAUCGGACCUUCAGGGUUUCAAAUUGACCGAAUUCAUGUACGUCAAGGUCCAGAAACUUAUCAAAGACAGUGCGGAAGCUUCCCUGAAGGCACCGGUUGUUCCUUCUACAACUUCCAAUACGAUACAACAAACGAUAAGGCCUCGCGUAUCCUCCCUAAGCUCAUCGCAUGCGACUUUAACAGCUCUCCUCGCAUCACCUCAACAAACCCAGCAAACAGGUGGCGCCACAAUCGCAGAAAUCGUGACCACUUCCGGCAGCAGUUCCGGAAGUAUACAGCCGGACGUUACCUCGCAGCAAAAUGUGGCUGAAAAAUGA